ACCGGGAUGCUACGAGUACCAGAUCAAGGCUGGACGUCAAUUCGGUCCAUUAUUGCUGGAGCGCAUUUGACUUACCCCGAGAGGCUCAAGAAGAAUUCCUCCAGCAAUAUCACCACCGUGUCUGCCCCUGAUCAAUUCUGGGGAGUUCAUAUGCGAUAAUAUCUGAGCUCGUCAUCGCGUGCGACCAAACAACCGCUCGCUCUUCCAGUAUGGACUUCGCUGUCUAUAUAAGAAGCUAACAGUGCAAAGAAACUCUCUCGAUAUCAGCACAACAAAACCAAAGCUCCAACCUCUCCAAGCAACUCCUAGCCGUCAUGCGCUUCACCGUCCCCUUCCUCCUCGCCGCCGGCUCCGCCGCCAUGCCCGCCCCAGCCGCCGAACCAUCCCACUCCAUGGGCUUCAUCGGGUGCUCCAUGGCCGAGAACGUCGCGCAAGGCUACGUCGCCGUCGGCGGCCAGCGGAUGUGGGGCCCCUACGGCACAGGCGGCAUGGUCGUGCAGUCCUGGACCGACACCAACUCAGCUUCCUGGAAGCUCUUCGACCAGCAAUCCGCCAAGUACGGCAAGCCGACCGCGGUGUGGGUGCAGAUCUGCAUCUUCACGCAGGGCGCGACGUACGACGAGGUCAAGAAGCUGAUUGCGAACACGCGCCAGCACGCGGCAUCGAACGCAACGGUCUACAUCACCGGGCAGCCGCUGUACGACGCGGGGCAGACGUGCUUCCUUGCGGGCGCCAACGGGCCGCAGAAUACGGAUGCGCUGGCGCAGCAGGCGGCUAAGGAUACCGCGCAGAAUGUUGUCUAUCCGGGCGCGUUUCGAUUGAAGACGGGGGAGGUGCAGGAUGGGUGCCACGCUAAUACCAAUGGACAGAAGAGUUUGGGGCAGCAGGCGAUUGCGUUUUGGGGUUGAUUUUCGGAAGUAAAUGAUGCAGGUGUGGAGAGGGAAACGUAUUCGGGGUUUUGUGGGAAGGGUACACACGCGGUGCGAAUCAGGACUUGUAGACGCUCUUCUAGUUCUUACAAUGUAUGGGUAGUUGUUAGACAGAACGAGACGGUUAUACUUGAAAUAAGCUC